GGCUCAGAGCAGCGAUAUUGUUCCAGGCGCGCACCAAAGGCAGGAACUGAAUGGUCCUACUUGUGUGAGAUUCACCACAUGCCAGCGUGUAACUGAAAUACCUCUUUCUCAACUUUUCUAUUAUUAUUAUUAUUUUUACCAUCCUUUAAGUUUAAUCCAGUUAACCUUUUUGGUUGCACCUGCCCGGAGGAUACAGCGGUCCAUCCGUCUCCUCAGUGCGGGAUCGGGAGUUGGACCGGCCAGCUGCGCAGGAGAGCUCCCCCGCGAAACGUGUCAUGGGAUACGGGAGAACUACUGCACUUUCUACCUUGCACACCUGAAGUUUUUGUGGAUUUAUAAAAGCACACUUUCAAAAAGACAAAUACGACUUUUAGAUUUGCUUGCUUUCAGAAGAGAAGUUUUGUCACCGCUCCGGAAUUUAAAUCUUCCUCCAGGGACUCUUACUUCAGUCUGAGGACACGGGUUUUGGAUUUUGGUGAAGCUGACAGGAUGGCUUCAUCCGACUGCUUCAUACUGGUCGCUGUCAUCCUGUGUUGUUCAUCACUCACAAAUGCAGGACACUCAGAGAGAGAGCACUCGCCUAAGAUUCAGCCUUCUGAGAAUCCACUCAUUUAUCAAAAGGAGGAUAUCUUAACCCUCACAUGCAGAGGACACGGCGUCCUGCACUGGACACUUGCAGAUGGCCAAAGAUCAAUCCCAUCGGAGAGGGUGAAGGUGGAGCAUUGUAAUUCCAGACAUCACUCUCACUUACAAUGCAGCAAACUCACAGUUACACACCUGAGUGCCAAUGACACAGGGAGCUACAGCUGUAAAUACUCCAAAGCUGGUUCAGACCACAUCACCUCAACCUACGUCUACGUCACAGAUCCCGAGCAACCAUUUGUGGAGCCCCAUGAUCCAAUACCUUACUUUCUGGGCAUCUACAGGCACGAAACCAGCCUUGUGGUUCCCUGUCGGACAUCCUCUCCUAAUGCUACUGUGUUGCUGAUAGGGGCCCCAGAACUAUCUGAGGAGAUCAUUAAUGGAAAGGUUUGGGAUCCAAAGGUGGGGUUCAAGAUUCCUUAUGGUCCCUACACAGCGUACUCAAUGCUAACAUGCACAACUGUGGUCAACGGUCGGGAGUUUCAGUCAGUGUACAUCCCUCAGAGACAGACUCUUGUCCUUAACAAUGUGAAGAUCACCCCAGAGCGAGUUAGAGUGUUGGUUGGAGACACCUUAAAACUCAACUGUAGUGGGGAAACCACCUAUAAUGGGAGAAUCAACUUCACCUGGGAUUUUCCAAAGAGGAGAGAAAAUCGACAUUAUACAGAAAAGCCCAAACUCAAACCUGAACACGUUCUUGUAAUGAGCAAGACUUUGGUGUUGCCAAACAUUACAAUGGAGGAUAGAGGAGUGUAUCGCUGCAAAGCUGAGCUAGAGCCCACAAAGCACAAGAAUGCUUCAGCAAAAGUCAUUGUCUUUGAGCAUCCGUUCCUCAACGUCUCCUACAGGUACGAGCGACAGAGCACAAUCGUUGUCAAUGAAGGGAGAAGGAAGCUUGUGUUUGAGCCGAAAGUCAACGCUUUGCCAGUACCUGACCUGAUAGCGUGGUAUAAGGAUGGCGUCCUGAUACAGAAGAAUUCCACUUGCUACAAGAUGUCUAGUUUCAGCUUGGCCAUCACUGAUGUGCAGCCGAAGCACGCUGGCAUCUUCACCAUAAGCCUGGGCAACAGACUGAAGGGCCUGUACAGGAAUCUGAGCUACACUUUGGUAGUCGACGUGAAACCAACUAUUUCGGAGGCGGAGCUUGCCACUGUGGACAUGCAACCCUACAUGUCUGGCAAACAGCAGCAGCUAACCUGCACUGCUUAUGGGUUGCCCCUGCCAACCAUCACUUGGCUCUGGCAACCGUGUAACUCGGACCCUACGCUUACAAAUUGUUUAGCUUACACCGCACCAGUCCAGGUCAACACUGAUGACAGGAGUAAUAAUGCCCAAAACUGGAUCAAGAGCAUCAUUGUCAAGCCUGAACUGGUUAAAGGAAAAAACAAGACUGCAAGUACAUUGGUGAUUGGAGAGGCUCGUGUGUCGGGAAAGUACUCCUGUGUGGCCCAGAAUGAGGAUGGUACAAGCACAAUGACAAUGCCUUUUUACGUUGAUGAUCACCCUGAGGAAAUUACCAUUGAACCUCACACAGCCAUUGAGGGGGAUGACAUCACUCUGACCUGUCGGGCAACCCGUUACCUCUACACGGACCUGCAGUGGUUGGAUUCCACGAAUCAAACGGUCACGUCCAACGUGUCUAGUCUCCAGCUCAGCCGUUACUCCGUUUCACUUUCUCUCCAUCUGUACAAUGUGUCCCAAAACAGCGCUGCAGGGUACAAAUGCCAAGCAUACAAACUCCACAAGAAGACUGAAAUCAAGACUGCUGCACUUAUUGUGGACGCAAGAAAACGGCCAUGGCUGAGCCAAAAUCUGACUAAUCAGGAUGUGAACAGCAGCAGCACCCUGGUGCUGGCUUGCUACGCUUCGGGAGUUCCUCAGCCCUACAUCAUAUGGUACAAAAAUGGCGCUCGUGUGGAAGAAAGUCCAGGUAUCACACUCGGAGAAGAAGGGGCUCUGACCAUCGAAAGGGUGAAGAAAGAUGAUGAGGGUCUGUACGAGUGUGUCGCCAGCAAUGUUGAGGGUGUCGCAAAAACAAGUGCUGUUGUUACUGUGCUCGGAGAUGAAGGGAAGCCAAACGUUGAGGUCAUAAUUCUGGUGUGUACGGGAGCUGCAGCCACGUUCCUCUGGCUUAUGCUUAUCCUCUUCAUUCGCAAGCUGAGGAAGCAACCUGCACACUACAAGAUGGGUCCAUCCAUCAUCAUUGAUCCUGACGAGUAUCCUCUGGACGAGCAGAACGACCUUCUUCAAUAUGACAGCAGCAAAUGGGAGUUUCCCCGAGACCGCCUGCGACUAGGGAAAACUCUCGGCCAUGGAGCUUUUGGGAAAGUCGUUGAGGCUUCUGCCUUUGGAAUCGACAAGCUUUCAACCUGCAAAACUGUUGCAGUGAAAAUGCUGAAAGGAGGUGCUACAUCAAAUGAGCGGAAAGCCCUGAUGUCAGAGUUAAAGAUCCUGAUUCACAUCGGUCAUCACCUGAACGUGGUCAACCUGCUGGGCGCCUGCACCAAACCUGGAGGACCCUUGAUGAUGAUUGUGGAGUUCUGCAAAUACGGCAACUUGUCCAACUAUCUGAGAGGCAAGAGAGAUGACUUCAUUGUGUACAAGAGCCAGGAUGGGAAGGUGGUGUCUUCGGGAUCGGGCUGCCAGCUGAGCGAGCUGAUGAAGCGCCGCCUGGAGAGCGUAGCCAGCACCGGAAGCUCCGCCAGCUCUGGCUUCAUCGAAGAUAAGAGCUACUGCGACUCAGAGGAAGAGGAAGAAGAAUCUGAGGACUUAUAUAAGAGAGUCCUGACACUGGAAGAUUUAAUUUGCUACAGUUUCCAAGUCGCAAAAGGCAUGGAGUUCUUGGCAUCACGCAAGUGCAUUCAUCGUGAUUUGGCUGCACGAAACAUCCUCCUCUCUGAGAAUAAUGUCGUAAAGAUUUGUGAUUUUGGACUCGCUCGAGACAUCUACAAAGACCCGGAUUAUGUGCGCAAAGGAGAUGCUAGACUGCCACUCAAGUGGAUGGCACCCGAGGCCAUUUUUGACAAGAUCUACACGACUCAGAGCGACGUUUGGUCCUUUGGUGUUCUCAUGUGGGAGAUCUUCUCUCUGGGUGCCUCCCCGUACCCUGGUGUCCAGAUUGAUGAAGAAUUUUGCUGCCGACUGAAAGAGGGAACCAGGAUGAGAGCACCAGAAUAUUCUUCCUCUGAAAUAUAUCAGACGAUGCUGGACUGCUGGCAGGGUGAGCCUCAGGAGCGACCAACCUUCACUGAGCUGGUAGAAAGACUGGGAGACCUGCUUCAGGCCAGCGUGCAACAGGAGGGUAAGCACUACAUACCCAUCAACACAGCCUUGCUGGCGAAGGUGGGAGACCAGACCACCACAGUGAUAUCAGAGGAGACGCCGACACGACCUGUUUCCCACCGCGACUCAGGGAGCACCUGGAACAUCAAGAUCCGUCCUGCUAGCGUAAAAACCUUUGACGAGGUUACCAUGGAGAACGGGACCGAUGAGAACCACGAGGGUCAGUCGGACAGCGGGAUGGGGCUUUCUUCUGACAACAUGAAGACACUGAUGCGCUUCGAAUCGCUGGCAGGCCGACCUCUGAGCAUCAUGGCUCUGGCGAUGAAGGCGGUGAGUAAGAGUAAAGAGUCUGUGCUGAGUGACGCAGAGAAGGAGAAGUAUCCAUCCACGGUUCCUCCUUUAGACUUAAGUCUGGACGACUCGGCUCUGGAUGCCAGCCUGGAGUGUCACAGCCCGCCGCCCGACUACAACUACGUGGUUCGCUACUCCACCCCUCCUGUCUAACCUCCUGUUUCACCCCUGGAGACCGUGAGACUGACAGCCUCAAGGCCUUUGCUUUGUUCUCCUCUGUUUUGACUCUUAUCUGCGGACCGUUCUGUGGCAACGUUUGAGGGGGAAACACGAGAUUCCCUCUUCAAGUGUUUAGAAAAGACGCUCAUGGAUUAGCCUGACUGUAACCUCUGCAUCUUCCAACUUCUGGAGCGUCUGCUGUGCAACAAAAGGAAACCUGCUGAGCGUUGAUUCCUUUCCAGUUUUCAGACGUAGGCCCACGUCAAUGCUGCUGGUCCGUUCCACAUCCACUGUGAUAUGUCAAACAGCUGAAAACAGGCUCAGGUAUUUCUUUGAUCUACUGUGAAACAAACCGCAAUGAUUCCAACUGUACCACAGAGCUGGACAAACGUUUGAUGAUGAUAAAGAGAAACAUCCCGGAGAGGCUGUUUAAAUAUAUUUCAAUUUUAUUGAAAAAGUGAAAACUGGAAAGUAAA